AUGUACCCUUUUCUAGAUGAGGAGAGUAUCACGGACAACCUCGACUGUCUUUACACGACCCAAAAGGCCGGUUCUAUGCAGAUGCCUCCCUUGGAGGAGGUUGAGGCGUCAUUAUCCCCCUUUCAAUCUGUCCAGACUUUCCUUGUUCUCGCCUUAGGUGCUCGGAUAUUGGAAUCUCGACUGUCUGUUGAGUUCUCAUCUGAAAGAUAUCUCGCUACAGCAAUGCAACGCAUCGGAACUCUGGCAUUGCAUGACAGCAUCGAAGGGCUACAGAUCAUGCUUCUCCUGACUAUAUCGAGUUUCUACUUCGAGGAAGGACCCAAUGCGUGGUUUCUGGUCAUGAAUAUCAUUGCCAGUUGCCUUGAUCUGGGUUUCCAAAGACGUGGAGUAAACGUUCAUCAUCCUUCCACCGUCUCGAAACCUAUCAACAUUCACAGUCGCCUCAAUCUCAGAAGAGGAAUCUUUUGGUCGGCAUACUCACUGGAGAGGACAUUAUCGGUCGUUCUUGGCCGUCCGUUAACUCUCAGAGACGAAGCUAUUGACAUUGAAUUCCCUGGCUACACCGCUCGCCAAGGAGACCCAGCUGGACAAGGAGCCUCCGUCGGCAGUAGCGCCCUGACACCAGAAAGCGCACGCUCUCCACAUCAUUCGACAAAACGAGCGAGGGUCAUGAUUAACCCAUACGCUGCUUCACAGUAUUCCUUCAAGUUCGACCAGAUCACAGCUGAGAUCAAGCUGAUGAUAUAUCGGGUUGUCAACUUGCCGAAUCGAUUUCCAUGGCCAACCGAUCUCGCCUCCUGGCAGCCGGAUGUUAGGAAGCGAUGCGACGCCCUUCUAGAAGCUCUCAGAGCCGAGUUUCGUCGGGGCCUUCGGCGGAGCACCUCUGACGGCAUGGUACAGAGUCUCGAGCUGAAGUAUCACCACUGUAUCAUGCUACUCUAUCGCCCAUCACCCGCUAUUACGAGACCGAGCUUCGAGUCCUGGAAAAUAUGUUAUGAAAGCGCUGUGGCAACAAUUCUCAUCAACUCGGAACUUCACCGCUUCUCCAAGCUGUCAAACAGCUGGCUCACUGCACAUACUGUCUUCGUUAGCGGCAUCACGUUUCUUUACUGUUUGUGGGUAGUACCCAAGAUCAAGCAGGACACCACUCUUGUCUUCUUCAAGAGCAAUGCAGAAGCAUGUAUCAACCUCCUGAAAUAUCUGGCGAAGACAUGGAGCGUAGCUGCCGACGCGGUCGGGAAAUUCGAAAGACUGGUUCAUCUCACAUCAGAAUCCUGGAAAUCAGGGGCUAACCGACCACCGAGCGCAGAGUUUGUCGCCGGGCAAUCACUUCUGUCCAUGGCGCAAGGCCAGGAAGCGGAUAGCAACGAGCCUGCUGCUGCUCCAGUGACAGAUCAAGGAUUGUACACAAUGGAAGAACCCACUAUAGGUAUGGGUGGCGAGUUUGAGGCAGACUCGUUCUUUAACGAGUUGGGUGAUAUGAGUUCAUGGUUCGAUCUCAAUUGGCUCUUGGAUGCCAGCGCUGGGUUUGGCUCUGCGGACGAUGGAGCAACUGUAACAUUCUGA